AUGGGCCUUAGAGAUUUUCGUGUGGUUGUCGCUAUAGGAUUCGCUUACGCUUAUCACAUAAAUCCAGAUAUUACAGUUCACGAUUCAUGGCCCGGACAAAAUAAAACAAGAUUAACGUCGCCAAAAACCAAUACAGUUCUUCAAUAUGAUACAUCAUCAUCCGACCCAAAAAGUUGGACAGUGAAUCAUUGGGGAUUUCCGGCAUUAGCAGAAGAGCCGACUAGAAGAACUCGUCGCCAUACUUCUAAUAGUUCAGUUAAAAAUUUACCCGUCGAAUUAUUUAAAUUACAUUUGGCCGAUAAUCUUAGUCAUUAUGAUAAACCAUACCUUCCCGAGGGCCUUGAUUAUACAAAAGCCAUUACGGAUUAUUUGGCUAAAAUGAAACCUUUAAUCGAAGAAAUUUUGACUAAAAGAUGGCCUGGCAUUAAAUUUACGCAAGUUCGUUUCGUAUUCACCAUACCCGCUGAAUGGAAACCUUAUACUCUUGGAAUUCUUCAAGAUUGUAUUUACGAUGCUGGAUUUACCGCAAAACGACAAUCAAACAACAAUCUAGAAUUUACCACGGAACCCGAGGCCGCAGCACUUUAUACCAUGGGAAAACUUGAAGAGCAUAAGAUUAAAACAGGAUCUUCUUUCAUGGUCGUUGACUGUGGCGGUGGUACGGUGGAUUUGACAACAAGAAACUUGUUGCCCGAUAACAAAUUAAGCGAAAUUACAGAACGUACGGGUGAUUUAUGUGGAAGUACGUAUGUCGACAGGGAAUUCAUUAUAUUCCUUGAAAAGAAAUUAGGACUUGCAGCUAUGGAAGGAUUUAGAAGGGACCAUUAUGGUCAAUAUCAAUAUUUGAUACAUCGUUUUUUUUGUCCAAGAGUGAAAUUCGGAUUUCAAGGAGAUAGACAUGAUUUUCGUAAUAUCGAUUUGGAUAUCGAAAGAACAUGUCCAGCAUUAAUGAAAUGUGUCAAAGAUGAACAUAUCAUAGAUGAAAUGGAAGAAGAAGAAUGGUUAAUUGAAAUUUCAUUUAAUGAUGUAUUGGGCAUGUUCGAUCCUGUUGUCGAUAAAAUUUUAAAGUUGAUUAGAAACCAAUUGGCCUCUCCUAAGCAAAGGAAAUCAUGUUCUGCAAUAUUUUUGGUUGGUGGAUUCGCCGAAAGUCCAUAUUUGGUCAAAAGAGUAAAGGAAACUUUCGGUUCGGUUGUAUCUACCAUAACGGUACCUCAAAAUCCUAUUACUGCUGUUUUACGUGGAGCCGUUUUAUUUGGACUUGACAAAGCAACUAUUGCCACUCGCGUUCUAACAAUGAAUUAUGGAAUUCGAAUUUAUCCGCUGUGGCGUUCUGGAGUUGACCCAAAGAAAAGGAAAACUGCUGACGGCCGCAUAUAUAAAUUUAAUUGUCUAGCGGCCCGCGGUAGAGAAGUUUCAGCAGAUGAACCAUGUUCAGGAACAUAUUAUCCAAUUUAUCCGGAUCAAACGACCAUUAUAUUUAAUGUUUAUGCUACUCCUAAAAAUCAUACUAGAUUUUGUGACGAAGUUGGUAUUAGUAAAAUUGGAGAAUUAGAAAUUGAAUUACCUGAUAAAGAACAUGGUGUUGAUAGGCCCGUAGAAUUUAGUUUAAUGUUUGGUGAAUUAUUGAUUACUGCUACCGCUAGAAACAAGAAAACUAGUAGAAUUUAUACUACUAAAUUUGCUUAUGUUAGAGAUAAUUCUUAUUUUGAAGCUACUGUAUGA